AGUGUGUAUAUACGCGAGGGUUUUUUUAUUUUAUUGGUUCAAGUUGUUUCGUGUUUAAUCGUCUGUCGGUCCAUCGCAAUUCUAAACAUCAAUUCCAUUCAACAGGAAGGAACUGGUUUCCUUCUUCUCCCAUGGAUCCACCAACCUCUUGGGACUCCUUGCGAAAGCAGGCAAGGAAUCUCGAAGCGCAGUUGGAUGAUCAAAUGCAUCUGUAUCGUAAAUUAGUUUCAACAAAAGUUGAUGAUGGAAACGAAAAGGAUCUUGGAUCACAAAUAGAACAGCUACUUAAACAACUAAACCAUGUAAUUUCACAAAUGCAAGCGUGGGUGUCAUCUGGAGGAUCAGAAAUAUUUUCUCAUACAUUAACUCGUCAUCAAGAAAUCCAUCAUGAUCUUAGUCAGGAGUUCAAUCGGCUUCGAUCUAGCCUUAGAGCAAAAAGAGAGCAUGCAUCAUUGCUUGAAGAUUUCAGGGAGUUUGAUAGAACAAGAUUAGAUCUUGAAGAUGGUGGUGCCUCUCAAGAACAGUCUCUCCUUAAGGAGCGAGCUACUCUUAUGAGAAGUACAGGCCAGAUGGAUGGUGUAAUAUCACAAGCACAAGAAACCCUAGGCACACUCAUGUUUCAAAGAUCAACAUUUGGUGGUGUUAAUUCAAAACUUAGCAAUGUUAGCAGUCGUCUCCCAACUGUGAAUAGCAUUCUGUCAUCCAUAAAGAAGAAAAAAUCACUGGACACAAUUAUUCUUUCAUUAGUUGCUUCUGUUUGCACCUUUCUAAUCUUGAUUUACUGGUUGACAAAGUAGCAAGGUAUUAUUACCCAAAGUCCCAAUUAGUCAUAUAUACAGGUAUAUUGUAUGGGUAUAUGUAAUGUAUGUCAUUGUUUUUGGGGACUCGGUGUGUCAUAAAUGUAUUUUAAUCGACAUGUUUGCAGUUAUAUGAUCAAUGUCCUCCAAACAUCUUUAUGUGGUC